AUGACUGCGACAACACCAACAGAGACAGAGGGCCUCCCGCCCAGCCGGUAUCUCUGCCUGACCAUCCUGGGCUAUCGCAAGCCCGGCAUGAGCGAGGAGGCCUACCGGCGACAUAUGAUCCAGGUCUCGGCGCCCUUGACAAAAGACCUCAUGGUCAAAUACGGAGUCAAACGGUGGACGGUGAUCCACAAUCCGACGCAGACGCGCCUCUUGAUGAACCGGAUCUAUGAUCGCCAGAUGGCCAAUAUCGCCGACUAUGAUUGCUUCAGUCAGGUGGUGUUCGAGAGCGUGGACCACUACAAGAAGAUGAAGGAGGAUCCGUACUACAAGGAGCAUCUUUUUGGGGAUCAUGAGCACUUUGCGGAUACGCGGCGCAGCCAAAUGACGAUUGGGUGGAUCGAGGAAUGGAUCAAUGAUGGUACCGUGCGAGAGGGAUUGGAGUUUCCAAGUGAUGCGCAGCGGGGAGCGUCGGGGAUCGUGUCGGCAUCGGGCCUGGCCAUGAUGACUGUGUUUCUGGGCGCGUUUAUCUUUCUUUCGAGAUAG